AUGACCUUGAACACACAGAAAAGCAACAAACCUGCUCAACAUUGCCAGAUCCGUGCAGUUUACGACGACGAUACGAUCACAGUCUAUCAAGCCUACAACUCUGGGAUAGCUACUGCUGCAGUCGAGGCUCAAAGAUUAGACGCAAGUCCGCUUUUCAAGCCAGCACGUAUGACGUGGAUCAAGCCCAGCUGGAACUGGAUGAUGUAUAGGUGUGGGUAUAGUUACAAGGAUAGCAACCAGAACAACGUGCUUGCUUUGAAGGUCAAGCGGGAGUUCUUCGAGGAGUUAUGA